UCCCUGUGCCCUGGAGUAGCCUGUCAGGGCUUCUCCACUUGUUCCCAGGGCCUGAUGUCAGAGGCCAUGGACCAGCCAGCCGGGAGUCCUGAAAACCUGAGGCCAGGAGAGGAUGGUGAUGGCAGCAUGGAGCUGGGCACCUGCCAGGAACUCCUGCACCGACUGCGGGAGCUGGAGGCAGAGAACUCUGCACUUGCCCAGGCCAAUGAAAACCAGCGGGAGACCUAUGAGCGCUGUCUGGAUGAGGUUGCCAACCAUGUGGUACAGGCACUGUUAAAUCAAAAGGACCUGCGGGAGGAGUGCAUCAAACUGAAGAAGAGGGUGUUUGACCUAGAACGGCAGAACCAGGUGCUGAGCGCCCUGUUUCAGCAGAAGCUUCAGCUCACGACAGGCUCCUUCCCGCAGAUCCCACUCACUCCUCUCCAGCCACCAUCAGAGCCACCAGCCUCCCCAUCCUUGAGCUCCGCUGAAGGACCAGCCAUCUUGUUGCCUCUAGGGCGCUGUGUGGGGCAGAGAGAGGUAUGUUGGGAGCAGCAGCUGCGACCAGGAGGCCCAGGACCCCCGGCUGCCCUGCCCCCUGCACUGGAUGCCCUAUCCCCUUUCCUUCAAAAGAAAGCCCAGAUCCUGGAGGUGCUGAGAGCCCUGGAAGAAACUGACCCCUUGCUUUUGUGCUCGCCUGCCACCCCCUGGCGGCCUCCAGGCGAGGAUCCUGGCUCCCCAGAGCCUAUCAAUGGCGAGCUGUGUGGCCCACCACAGCCCGAACCCUCAACCUGGGCCCCCUACCUGCUAUUAGGCCCUGGCAGCCUGGGAGGCCUGCUACACUGGGAGCACCUCUUAGGGGGCCUGGGGGAGGAAGAGGGUGCUGGGCGGCCCUGGGGUCCUAGUAAGGGCUCCCCACAGGCCCAGGGCAGUGGAGUGGGGCCACCCUGUGCCCCAGGCAGCAGCUCCUCCUCCUCUUCUGAUGAGGCAGGUGACCCUAACGAGGCACCCAGCCCCGACACCCUGCUCGGGGCUCUGGCCCACAAACAGUUGAACCUGGGCCAGCUCCUUGAGGACACUGAGUCUUACCUACAGGCCUUUUUGGCCAGGGCUGCAGGCCCACUCAAUGGGGACCACCCAGAUCCUGGGCAGCCAUCCACCUCAGACCAGGGGCCCCCACAGCUGUCCAAGUCCAAAGGCCUCCCCAAGUCAGCUUGGGAUGGGAAUACCCCAGAGGCCCCCAGGCCAGGCUUUGGUGCUACCUCAGAGGGCCAAGGGCCCCUCUCCUUCCUCAGCAUGUUCAUAGGUGCGGGGGAUGCCCCCCUGGGCUCGCGGCCUGGCCACUCUUACUCCUCAUCUCAGGUGAAAAGCAAGCUCCAAAUUGGCCCGCCUUCUCCUGGGGAAAGCCAGGGACCCCUUCUGUCCUGUCCUGCCAGAGGUCUCAAAUUUCUGAAGCUGCCUCCAGCCUCAGAGAAGGUCCCUAGCCCAGGAGGCCCCCAGCUUAGCCCCCAGCUCCCCCGGAAUUCCCGAAUCCCCUGUCGGAACAGUGGCUCAGAUGGCAGCCCCUCCCCGUUGCUGGCCCGCAAGGGUCUGGGUGGAGGAGAGUUAUCCCCGGAGGGGGCACAGGGCUUACCCACCAGCCCUUCACCCUGUUCCACAACCCCGGACUCUGCACAGCUCAGACCUCCCCAGCCAGCCUUGUCCACCACACUGUCCCCAGGACCUGUGGUAUCUCCCUGCUGUGAGAAUAUCCUGGACCUUUCCCGGAGCACCUUUAGGGGGCCUUCUCCAGAGCCACCUCCAUCCACACUGCAGGUGCCCACCUACCCACAGUUAACUCUGGAGGUGCCACAGGCCUCUGAGGGCCUCAGAAGCCCUGGAGUUCCCCUCAGUCUUUGUCUCUCAGAAUCUUGCCCCUAUGGGAUCUCCCAGGAGAAGAGUUUGGACAAGGCAGGCUCCGAGUCUCCCCAUCCUGGCCGCAGGACCCCAGGCUCAUCCAAGAAGCCUGGCCAGGGGGCAGGGAGGCGACCUGGGGAUCCUGGGUUCACCCCUCUGCGAGACAGGCUGGCAGCCCUGGGCAAACUGAAGACUGGCCCUGAGGGGCCAGAGAAGAAUGGGGUGCCAGCCAGACCUGGCCCGGAGAAGGCCCGGGGAGCAGGGAGGUCAGGGGAGAGCACUGGAGACAUGGCGCCUCCUCCCCCCAGACCCCCCGAGCAGCCUGAAGCCAAGGGGUCUCUUCGUGGGGCAGUAGCCUUAGGCACAAGCAGCCUGAAACAGCAGGAAUCAGGGCUCCUAGGGGACCCUGGAACCCGAGUCUAUUCCUCCCACUCCAUGGGGGCCCGGGUGGACCUGGAGCCUGUCUCACCAAGGAGCUGCCUCACCAAAGUAGAGCUGGCCAAGAGCCGGCUGGCAGGGGCCCUGUGCCCCCAGGUACCCCGAACCCCUGCCAAAGUGCCAACCUCAGCCCCCAGCCUCAGCAAGCCUAAUAAGAGCCCCCAUGGAAGCCCUACAAAGCUACCUUCCAAGUCACCCACCAAGGUGGUGCCCCGACCUGUGGCCCCACCAGCCACCAAGGAGCUCCCCAAGCCUGACAAGGGGAAAGGUCCGCCUUGGGCAGACUGUGGCAGCACCGCAGCCCAGCCCACACCCCCAGCGCCUGGCCCUGAGGACCCCGGCCGUGGUCCCGAGGGGCGGGCCCCACACUCGGCCAUCGAGGAGAAGGUGAUGAAGGGCAUCGAGGAAAACGUUCUGCGGCUCCAGGGCCAGGAGCGGGCGCCCAACACUGAGGCCAGGCACCGCAACACCAGCAGCAUAGCCAGCUGGUUCGGGCUGAGGAAGAGCAAGCUGCCGGCGCUGAACCGCCGCACAGAGGCCGCCAAGAGCAAGGAAGGGGUCAGUGGGGGCUCUCCCCUCCGGAAGGAGGGCAAGGUGGAAGCCCGGAAGCUGGAGGCUGAGAGCCUCAACAUCUCCAAGCUGAUGGCUAAGGCAGAAGAUCUGCGCCGGGCCCUGGAGGAGGAGAAGGCCUACCUGAGCAGCAGGGCGCGGCCACGGCCCGGGCCCCCAGGGCCAGGGCCCAGUGCAGGGCUGGGGCAGGUGCAGGGCCCGCUGGUCGGCAUGUACCAGGGCGCAGAUACCUUCAUGCAGCAGCUGCUCAACAGGGUGGAUGGCAAGGAAGUGCCGCCCAAGAGCUGGCGGGAGCCCAAACCUGAGUAUGGUGAUUUCCAGCCAGUGUCCUCUGACCCCAAGAGCCCCUGGCCAGCCUGUGGGCCCCGAAAUGGUCUGGUAGGCCCUCUUCAGGGCUGUGGAAAACCUGGGAAGCUGAGCAGUGAGCCAGGAAGGCGGGGAGAGAUGCCCUCGGAGGACAACCUGGCCGAACCAGGGCCCACCUCCCACUUCACAGCCUGUGGCUCCUUGACUCGGACCCUGGACAGCGGCAUUGGGACCUUCCCACCCCCAGACCACGGCAGCAGUGGGACCCCCAACAAGAACCUUCCCAAGACCAAGUCACCACGACUGGAGCCCCCACCCGGGGUGCCCCCAGCUCGUCCCCCACCCCUUACCAAAGUCCCCCGUCGUGCCCACACACUGGAGCGUGAGGUGCCAGGCAUAGAGGAGCUGCUGGUGAGCGGGCGGCACCCCAGCAUGCCAGCCUUCCCCGCACUGCUCACUUCUGCUCCAGGCCACCGAGGCCAUCAGACCUGUCCUGACGAUCCCUGCGAAGACCCAGGCCCUCCCCCUCCUGUCCAGCUGGCCAAGAACUGGACCUUCCCCAAUGCGAGGGCAGCUGGCGGCUCCACUGACCCUUUCCUAUGCCCACCCCGACAAUUGGAGGGGCUGCCCAGGACCCCUGUGGUGCUGCCCGAGGACCAGAAGCGGAGCCUGGAGCCCAGCCACCCAGCCCCUACACCCCAGGGCCCGGCAUUUGGGGGUAGCCGGACCCCAAGCACAUCAGACAUGGGUGAGGAAGGGAGGGUGGCCAGUGGGGGCCCCCCUGGGCUAGAGACCUCAGAGUCUCUCAGCGACUCGCUCUACGACUCGCUCUCCUCCUGUGGGAGUCAGGGCUAAGGGGCUGCGCCACACCCCAGCCCCUCUCUGGAGUUGGAGACCACAGACUGGACCAGCUCUCCUCAUGCCCACCCCCUCGGGGACACUGGGGCCCCUCCCUGAAGGGACCAAGGAAGCAGGUGGAUAAGAAGGUGAAUGGGGUCCCUGGCACAUCCCACCACCCACCUCUGCUGUGGAGAUAACCACUCUCAGCUCAGGGAGAGAUCCUACCCUUGGUCCCUUCUCCCACCCAGAGUAAGGCUCUUCCUCUGGGGACUGGGGUUCAAGGCUGCUGUGUCCCAGCCCCCACUUCCGGCUGAGCCAUUUUGUGGUGCUGGGCUUCCUGCCCUCCAGCUGUGCCAUCUCUGCCCAGCGUGGCUGCUUCCUGCCCUGGAGCCCCUGGGGGCCAGCCCGUGCUGGUGGAGGGGGCAAGGGAUCAAACUGCCUUCUCUGUCUGCCCCCAUCCUCCCUGCUGUCUGAUGGUGCUGCCCUCCUUUGCCCUGUGUUUUGGGGCCGAUUUGUCUUUCUGUUGUUGGGUUUUUUUUAUAUAUUAAAAUUAAAAUGCCUGGCUCAGCCCCCACCCUGCCAUCCCCACAUUGCGGUUAAUUUAUCUGUUAAAAAUGCGGCUGUCCACUUCCAGCCUCUGCUUCUGCCGUAUCCCUAAUAAAACAUGGAGGCCCA